AUUUGUUGUGAUGUCAGAAAAAAACUCGAUUUCAAUUAAGCUAGUUGCCUUAGGCGAUAGUGGCGUUGGCAAACAUGAAAUACUAUUGAGGUAUUACAUUAUAAAAUUUAGUUAUAUAAAGGAUUAGUUAACGCAAGAUUUUGUUCCUUAGGUCUUUGAUAAUUUUACAAUUUAAAUAGCAUUUGAGGGCAAGAAUGUAAAUUUAAGCUUAUGGGAUACUGCAGGAUAAGAAAAAUAUAACAAACUUAGGUAAUUGAAUUAUGGUAUGGCUGAUAUCUUUUUAAUCAUCUUCUCAGUUAUUGAUCAAGAAAGCUUUUAAAGUGCAAUCACUAAAUGGUACUAAGAUUUGGAAACUCCUGAAUUUAAAUAAGUACCAAAAAUAUUUGUUGGAAAUAAUAAAGAGAUGAGAAACUAAGCAAAUCCAAAUCAUGUUUAAUAUGAAGCAGUAAAUAUAUUUCAACAAUUAUAAAGCUAAAUCUAAAAUAGAUUAAUUACAAUAUUAGUAUCUGGAAUGUUCGACAUAAACAUAAGAAGGUGUUAAAGAGAUUUUUAACUUAGCAAUUAGAAAUGUAGCUUAAGGCAAAGGAUUCAAUUCUCAGAAUGCCUCAAGUAAAAAUUAAAAAGAUGAUAGAAAAGAAAAGUGCCUAAUAUUUUGAGUUCAUAUAUGUAUCAAUUUAAUAAUUUAAGCUAAUAUUUAUUAUUUUUUCUACAUCUGAUCACUUUCAAUGCAUAAUUCAAACAUAUCAGAAAUAAACCGUCAUCUUCCCUCUUCAAUCAAUAGCAGCAGGAUUUGAUUCAGAAUAUUUAUAGACUUUAACUCUAGAUUGA